AUGUCUGAUAUUUUGGAUGAGAUUAUUAUAGAAGACGUUGUGGCAAACUGCCCACAAGAGUUCUUGCAGUAUCAUAAAUGCAUAAGAGAUAAUGAGGAAAAUCCAGCAAAGUGUCAAGACGGAAGAUUGACGCUAUCAAAAUGUAUUAAAGAAAAAGUGCCCAGUGUGAGAAGUAUCAUGAGGCAGUGUAGUGAGCCAAUGAAAAAAUAUGAGCGAUGCAUUCGUGAUAAUAUGGAUAGUAAAACUAUAGCUGAAAAUUGUUUGGGAUUCUUACAGGAUUUAAGGAACUGUGCAGAAUCACAAGUUGAAAACAAGAAUAUUAAGCCAUCAAUUAAAGGAGUGAACCUUGAAUUAAUCAAGGAGUAA